AUGACUGUGGUGUGCUUUUGGGCAGCCGCCGCAGCGCAGCCUAAGUGCUGCGAGGAGUUCAACUCGCACAAAUGCGAGUGCGACAAGGUGAAGAAGGACUGGGCCAUCGUCAAGGGCAAGUGCGAGUACAAGUGCCCCAGCUGCUGCACGAAGUGCGACAAGAAGAAGGGCGUCUGCAAGGAGUACAAGGACUUCUGGGUGUGGAAGGGGGACAAGUGCGUCUUCGAGUGCCCGGAGUGCUGCGCCAGGUGCGACUACAAAAAGUUCACGUGCACGCAGUACAAGAAGGGGUGGAGCUACAAGAAGGGGGCCUGCCACAAUCCCAAGGCCAAGGCGCAGAAAUCCGGCAAAAAGACGAAUUUUAAAUGCCCAAAGUGCUGCGAGAAGUGUGGGAAGAACAAGUGCGAAGAGUUCAAGUCGGGGUGGCAGCUCACCAAUGGAAAGUGUGCCCCCGCGGUGGUGGCAGCCAGCGCCGCCACGCCUAGUGGCGCCGGGGAGCCGAACGCCUUCGUUGGCCCAGACGGGCAGUUCAUAUGCCCAGACUGCUGCAAGGACUGCGGCAACGGCUACUGCAAGGAGUUCAAGGAGGGGUGGAGGAUACGGGACGCCAAGUGCGCCAAGAUCACCACGACGGCGGCAUCCCCGGCAGAGUCCUCUGGAUCGAAAACGCUGCCGCCCGCGGUGAUUCCCCCCAAGUUCGUUUGCCCCAUUUGCUGUGCCGAGUGCGGCCAGACCGCGUGCAACAAGUACAAGGACGGCUGGAGCUUCGAGGACGGCAAGUGCAAGGGCUCGGAUUGGAAGUGCCCACACUGCUGCGCUGAGUGCGGCGAGGGUUACUGCAAGAGGUUCAAGGAUUUCUGGUCCACCGCCAGCGGGGAGUGCAAGUUUGAAUGCCCCAGCUGCUGCGGGGAGUGCGACUACAGCGAGUACAAGUGCAAGUGGUACCACCAGUGGUGGGAGUGGAAGGACGGGCAGUGCAAGUACAACUGCCAGACGCAGUGCUGCUCGGAGUGCGACUACACCAACGGGAGGUGCAACAAGCUGAAGGACGGCUGGGACAUGGUCGAGGGGAAGUGCGCGGAGAAGAAGAAGUGCCCGGACUGCUGCGGGAAGUGCGACGGCAGCGGUAACUGCGAGUGGACGUAUGAGUACUGGGAUCUGCGGGGAGACCAGUGCGUCUUCAACUGCCCCAAGUGCUGCCGCUGCGACAGCAACAACAACUGCGCGCAGGUCUCCACGGGCUGGGACUUUAUCGACAACAAGUGCGUGGAGAAGAAGACCUGCCCGCACUGCUGCGGCGAAUGCGACGGCUCCGGCAACUGCAGGUACCCCAAGGACGGCUGGUCCAUCGAGGGCGGCAACUGCGUCGUCAAGCGCCAGUGCCUGCACUGCUGCGAGCGGUGCGACGGGAACGGCAACUGCAACAGGGUCAAGGACGGCUGGCGCGUGGAGAGCGGGCGCUGCGUCCAGUCCAACACCUUCAGCUCCAAAACCGCCCUGGGGUCCUGCCCGGAGUGCUGCGGGGAGUGCUCCUUCCCGGGGGGCCGGCCCAAGUGCAACUGGGUGUACGAGGGCUGGUACCUGCAAGGGGGCGUGUGCACUUUCAGCAGGGGGGGACCUCCGCCCCCCCCUCCCCCUCCAUCCCCCAGCGACUUUGAGCAGAUUGCCGACGUCGUGGGCCUGGGCAUCGACCUAUUCAAUGAGUUCCAGAACAGGGGCGGAGGGGGUGGUGGCGGCGGCGGCGGAGGCGGGGAUGACUAA